CUAGCUAAAUCAUGGAAGCAAUCUACAGCCACCUUCUCCUCUUCUCACUCUUGCUACUUUCUACCAAAAAGUUAGCCUUUGCGGCGGACAUUCUCGGCAAGGGCAGCAACAUUACUGAUGGCGAGACACUCGUCUCGUCUGAUGGCACAUUCAUGAUGGGAUUCUUCUCCCCCGGGGCUUCAACCAAGAGGUACCUCGGGAUCUGGUUCUCGGUGUCUACAGACGCUGUUGUCUGGGUGGCCAACCGUGAGCGCCCUGUCAACGACAAGGCCGGCGCGUUGGUGGUCAGCGACACGGGGAGCCUUCUCCUGCUGGACGGCUCCAGGCAGAUCGCGUGGUCAUCCAACUCCACCAGCACAUCGCCAGUGGAGGCCCAGCUCCUAAACUCCGGCAACCUAGUGGUGCGCAACAGAGGCAGCGCCACCAUCCUGUGGCAAUCGUUCGACUACCCGUCGAACGCCAUGCUGUCCGGCAUGAAGGUGGGCAAGGACUUCUGGGACGGAGUGGAGUGGUUCCUCACGUCGUGGCAUUCGCCCGAUGACCCGUCCCCUGGCGCCUUCCGCCGCCUGCUCGACACUAGCGGGCUACCCGACAAUGUCGUGUGGAAAAGCAACGCCAAGACGUUCCGCACGGGCCCGUGGAACGGCUUGUGGUUCAGCGGCAUUCCAGAGGUGCUGACCUACACGAACUUGAUCGAGUACCAGAUGGAGAUCACUUCGCGGCAGGUAACCUACGGGUACAUUGUCAAACCUGGCGCCCCCUUAACCUAUGUCGUGUUAACGGAGACAGGGGACGUGAACCGCCUGGUGUGGGAUUCCAGCACCCGGUCGUGGCAGACCCAAUACCAUGGGCCUAGGGACAUCUGCGACAACUACGGCAAGUGUGGGGAGUUCGGUGUGUGCAACGCCAGCGCCGCAUCGACGUCGUUCUGCAGCUGCCUCAAGGGGUUCAGCCCCGUGUCUCCCUCGGAGUGGAAGGUGAGGGAGGCCUCCGGCGGAUGCCAGCGAAACGUGAGACUGGACUGUGGUGGCAAGCAGCCGACCACGGACGGUUUCGAGCUAGUGCACGGAGUGAAGCUUCCUGAUACGCACAACGCGUCUGUGCACAUGGGCAUCGCGGUGGAGGAGUGCAGGGCGAGGUGUCUCUCCAACUGCUCCUGCGUGGCUUAUGCUGCCGCAGAUCUUCGAGGAGGAGGAUCUGGCAGUGGAUGCGUCAUUUGGGCAGACAGCCUCAUGGAUCUCCGGUACGUAGAUGGAGGGCAGGAUCUCUACCUACGGUUGCCAAGGUCAGAAUUAGGAUCAGCACCAGGACCAAGACCAGGACCGCCAGUGAAACUUAUCGUGGUUAUGGCAUCAAUAUCCACCGUAGUUCUCCUUAUUCUUCUCGCACUGGUCUGGCUAAUCUGGACUGGGAGCGUGAAUUGGAGGGACAUCAUAUGUCCUGCAAUGUUUGUUGAGGGCUCGAGCUACCUAGAGAUGUGA